AUGACUCCUUCGGUUGAUACUCAACUCGAAAAUGCGACUUCUCAAUCGAGUGAGACUUCUUCGCUUGUGCAAAAGAUAACCCUCUCUGGUUAUAUCCUGGAGCCUUUGAAGUAUUCGGGUUCCCUUGAUGAGUAUGAAAGUUCCGAUGUCACUACCGCUAUUGGUAGAGAAUACCCAAGCGUUCAGCUUUCCAGCAUCCUAGAUGAUGAGAGAAAGAUUCGCGACCUGGCUAUUACUGUUUCACGUCGUGGUGUUGUGUUUUUCCGAAACCAAGACAUCACCUCCGACCAGCAAAAGAUUCUCGGCCAAAAGCUCGGCGAGCUUACUGGAAAGCCCGAUACAUCUAAGGUAAUUGCGCUCGCAGUCAAACGGAAUAUUUCUGUUGAUGAAAAUGGAAAGCUAGAUGAUGAAAUCUCCGUUAUUUCAUCCGAAGUCAACCGCAAAUAUUACGGUGGCCGCUUUGCGAAGAAUUCGGGUCUCCUCGCUAGUCAAGGUUGGCACGCCGAUAUCACAUUUGAGAAGGUUCCUUCUGACUAUGCUAUUCUCAAAAUCACGCAUUUGCCCGAAGAUCAGACUGGUGGCGACACUCUUUGGGCUUCAGGAUAUGAAGUCUACGACCGACUAUCAACACCUAUCCAGAAGCUUGCAGAUACUCUGAAAGCAGUUCACUAUCAGCCGUCUUUUAACAAUGUCGCCAAGGAGCACGACAUUGACCUCAUCUCUGGAGACCGAGGAGCGCCAGAGAACACGGGAUUUGAUUUCAAGGCCAGCCACCCCCUAGUCCGUACAAACCCAGUAACGGGGUGGAAGAGUCUUUUUGGAGCAGCCGGCCAGGUUGAAAAUGGCUGGAUCGAAGGGGUGACGAAGCGGGAGAGUGAAAUACUGAAACAGUACUUCAAUCAACUCAUUGCUGAGAAUCACGACCUGCAAGUCCGAUUCAAAUGGGGCACAAAUGAUCUUGCUAUCUGGGACAACCGAUCCGUGUUUCAUACUGCAACAAAUGAUUACGAUGGGAAACGCCAAGGUACUAGGGUUGUCUCUUUAGGAGAAAUUCCGUAUUAUGACCCUGCUUCCACCUCUAGACAGGAAGCGUUGGCUCAAGAGGCUUGA